AUGACACUACUCCCAUCUACCCUCUCACCUUUCGCCGAGCAGAAUCCGGAUGAAGAUAUGGCAGACAGCGAUAACGAACCCUCAAUAACAUCCGCGCUCAACCACGUUCUGAUUACAACACAAACUGGCAGUAUCGCACUACUGACACCUCUUGACGAGGCUACCUACCGACGUUUAUCAGCAUUGCAAACAACACUAUCCAGUAUCCUCGAACACUCGGCCGGUCUCAACCCGAGAGCCUACCGCUCGGUCGAGAGUGAAGGACUCGGCGCUAGAGGCAUAGUUGACGGCGAUUUGAUCACCAGAAUCUACGAGUUGGGUGCUGGUAAACGACUUGAAGUGCUUGGCAGAGCCGGUGCUGAAGUUUGGGGCAUGAGGAGUGAUCUGGAGAUCAUCGCAGGUGAAGGUUUGGGCUAUUUGUAG